AUGACUCUGAAGCUUCAUCCAACCGAUUUGGCCAACGGGAUGAUGGUUCGAGGUAAGCUGGUGGCAGCUGGAGAUCACUCCGGUUUCUGUGUCAGGGAAUCCUCCGAGGGGCUCCUCUGGUGCCCGAUGACAGGUUCAUGCAGCGGUUUCUGCACCAUGUCAUCCCUACAAAUGCUCCAUUCAGAUUUGGUGACUGAGCAGGAUGACGCGUCUUCCACUAAUGAGCCAUUUUGCUCAGCACUCAGUGGCCAGAUGUCCUCGGGGUGGUGGACUGUUCAUGAAUCAAAUGGGAAGCUGUUGAGAAAAGAAAACCCAGAGGAACUAUCAGUCACAGCUUAUGACUAUCAAACUGCAGCGGGGAAGCCACAGACUUAUCUCGAACAAGGAACAACUGCUUCCUGGUUGUCACAGCAGAGUUUUGUUGAUGAAGAAAAAAAAAAUCGGGUUAUUGAAAUUAGUAAAAUGGAGCAAACAAACAGCAGCGCCGAUGAAGGACAUGAACUACGCCCUCCUCCCUACAGCCCUUCGAACUAUGAACAAAACUCCUACACAGGAAUGGCAUACCAGGUUGGCAACGGGAACAUUGCAGUCAUCUCUCCUCCUGCGUCCUACAACGACAUGACCCAUCCGGAGGACCCACCUGCAUUUGGAGGUGACCAGUAUAGUGGUCAGCCUCCGCCUCUAUACGCCAGCGAAUCAGAGGAGAUUGGUUUCAGUGUCGCUGCGAUACGGCGAGGUUUUGUACGGAAAGUCUACCUGACCUUGAUGAUUCAGCUGCUGCUUACUGUUGGGAUCAUCUGCGCCUUUCUUUACUGGAACACACUGAAGACUUGGGUUCAUGAGAACUACUGGUUCUCCUACACCAUGAUGUCAGUGGUGUUGGUCCUUAUUCUGGUUUUGUCCUGCUGCGAUAACAUCCGUCGCCAAGUGCCCCUCAAUUUUAUAGCUCUGGGUUUGUUUACUGUCGCAGAGGGCCUGAUGCUUGGAUCUGUGGCAGCGUACUAUGAAGCCGAGGCGGUUCUGUGGGCUGUGGGCGCGACGGCUCUUGUUUCCUUUGGCAUGAGUCUAUUUGCCAUGCAGUCAAAGUGGGACUUUACCGCUGGAGCUGGAUGCUUGUGGAUGUUCGCCUGGUCCUUAUUUUCCUUCUUACUGAUGUGUGCCAUCAUCCGAUCACAGUUUCUCUACAUCUUCUACGCCUACCUGGGAACUGUGUUGUUUUCUUUAUACUUGGUGUUUGACACUCAGCUAAUUCUCGGGGGGAAACACAGGAAGUAUGCAAUCUCUCCUGAGGAGUACGUGUUUGCUGCUCUCAACCUCUAUCUGGACAUCGUUACCUUGUUCCUCCUCCUGCUGCAAAUCAUUAACUUCUGUCGUUGAACUUAUUUUCUUCUUACACAUUUUAAUGUACCUCGUAUUACAUGACGAAAGGUAGUCAUGUCACCUUUAAAUUCAAACAUUUGCGGUGUGGGUAUGAUGAAGCUUUUAUUAUGCAUCAGGAUGUUGAAAUAUUUCCCAGUCAAAUUGAGUAAGCUUCACAUCACGAUUGAAGCUUUAAAUAUUUGUUGAUAUCCCAGUUUGUUUAUAAAUGGAUGUA